UCUACUAAGUUCCUGACAAUGGCGCUUUGGGAGGAUUUCAAUCAUAUCUUCAGCUUCAACAAGAAGUUCCAUUAUGAGGCCAAGAUAGUUGAACAGAUCAACUCCAACCGCCGUGCGCUCGAGAAUCAUCUCUUUGCUGAUCGGCUGUUGGGGCUCCUCGGUAUCAAAGGAGUGACAAACGUUUACCCUCCGAAGACCAAUGCGGACUUGCGCUCGUUAAUUGAUCAUAUCGUCUCCUCUGAACUUGACAUCCAUCACAAGCAAGCCUUGAUCUAUUACCUCCUCAAGGAUUGUCGCGCUGCGCCAGACGCAGCCGCCCAGUAUGCGCGCUCAUGUCACUUGCCCGAGAAAUACCGUCUUUUUAUUGAAGGCCUUUGGCAUAUGGAUCGUCUUGACUUCCGGCGCGCAAUUGAAUACCUAGCCGAACCUUCCCUGAUCCCCACCUUUCCCGAUGAAAUUCUAUACGCCCUCACUCUCUCUCAACUUCCCAAACACGAUGAUGGUCUCGCGAUCGCAUACUAUCUCAGCGCCGCGCCGCCUCUUGCAACCGAAAAGGUGCAGCGAUCCUUCUACGAGACUCUAUGCCGGUCAAGCAUCACUGAGGCAUUCUUCUUUUCUCGAAAGUACGAUGAUCUGAAGCGUCAAAGUUACUUUGUACAGUUGGUGGAGUUCGUUCACAAAACUGGGGCCGGUCAAACACGCAGCAGGCGUGCGAUGGAAUUAGUCGGGCUGCCACUCGAUGAAGAUGAGGAGGAAUGGUUUGAAGAUUCUCUGCUCGGUGGAAGUGCCAGCACUUUCCCAUGCGCCAAGGAUACUUUAAUGAUGCGGCGCUUAGCAACAGGCAGAGUUGACGGUCUGUCAACAGAGCUUGAGGCAUUGGGUGGGAAAAAGGUGGAUGGGCUUAACUGGGAUGACCUUCGCCAAAGUAUGCGUGAUACACAAGCUGGCGGUGCCAUCCUGGAAUGA